AAGUAUUAUAGUCUGUACAUACCUCUGUUGGGAUGGCUAACCCAGGUGGCGAGGAGGCAGGAGGUGCUGCGGCUGCUCCUGAUUUGGCCCAGAUGGUUGCGGCAUUGACAGGUGCGUUUAAGAAUCUUUCUACGUCAAGAACAAUGCCAGCUAUGAAAUUAAGCAAGUUUAAAGGACAACCAGACACUGCAGGUGACCUUUCAUUACACGAAUGACUUAUUGAAUUCCAUGAUUAUAGUGCUUUCUAUAAAUUAGAAGGAAAAGAUAAAGCUCAAAGCAUGCUUACCCAUCUCAGUGGGGCUGCCAAGGAAGAGAUUCUUUGUAGAGAGAGUGCUGUUAAGGAAGAUAGUAAACAGAUCAUAGAUAUUCUAAAGUUAAGAUUUGGACCAAAAGAAGGAGUUCAGUCUCUUAGUAGUGAACUUCAUAAUCGUGAGCAGUUGGAAGGUGAGACAUUGGCAGAGUUUAGCAACAUAUUGAUUAGACUGUAUGAUCGAAUAGAGGCUGCGGCCAGUGCCGAUGAAAAGGAGGCGUUGUCUAAGUUAAAAGAUAGUACCUUGAAAGAAAGGUUAGUGAGAGGGCCCCGAGACAAAGGAAUUCAGCGGGAGUUGAUGAGGAGAAUCCUAAUUGCCAGUAUCCUUCCUGAAAAUGAGUGAAGAAGUCAAGGCGAAAGUUCGAGAGAUAGCCGAGGUACAGGUUGUGUCACGAGGUGAUGAGGAUGACAUCCGCAAAUUGAAGGAUGAGGUUAAUCAACUGAAGGAUUUGUACAGGAUCUGGUUAGUGUGGUGAAAUCUAUUAAGCCUAUUGGAAGGAGAGUGAUUUGUGUUUCAACUGUGGUCGAAAGGGUCAUCGAAGGAGAGAUUGCCGUGUACCUGUUAAGUGUUACAAUUGUGGUAACAUGGGACAUAUGAAAUAUAAUUAGCCACAUUGGGGAAAAUUACCAUUGAAACAGAGUGAUGUGAGACAGGUUCAAGUGCAGAAACCAAACCAAACAGAAACAGAAAUUGUACCAGAGGUUCGAACAGCAUCACAUGUCGUGCAACGUGGUACCAGUGAAGACCUGAAAUCAUGAUUAAUUUCAGAAAGUCCCACGGCGGAGUUGUUAAUUGCUGGAAGUCGGAUCGGCUGUAUCUUAGAUACUGGUGCUGAGACUAGUUUGAUCCCACUGAGUUUUUACAGAGAAAUUUUGCAACCAAAGUUGGUUCUCUUGGAUGCGGAGAUGGAAUCAAGGUUGUAAGUGUUACAGGCAUCACGAUUCCUAUUGCUGGUUACAUAAAGACAUUAGUAACCUUAUCAGGGAAGUCAGCAGCGAUGGGAUUUCUGGUAGUAGAGGACCAGGUGAUCACGAAACGGAGAUCAAAAUUUCCAUUGAUUUUGGGGUCCAACUCAUUGAGAGCUUUGUUUAAGAACGACAAAGUACAUUAUGACUCAUGGGAUGUUGUAGAUAGUGCAUUCCAAACUGAAGUGACACAACCAAUAGAGGGGUUAACACUGAAGACUAGAAGUAAAAGGGAAGUUUUGCCCCCUCUUGCAGUGAGGAGAAUGGAGUGUGUAAUAGCCAAUUCUAAUAAAGAAAUGGAUAUCCUGGUGGCGUCGAGAGCAGAAGGUCCAGUUAAAAGUUAUGAGGGUUUUCCUCAGCGAGAUGGAAUGGUGUACCAACUUACAGUGGCGAAUAAGAGUGAGAGAGAAGUAGUAAUAACUCCUGGUACUGUAUUAGCUUCAGCUGUGGCUGUCGAUAUGAAGGAAAAAGUGGUUGCAGAACCUAGGAAUGGAUUCAUUGGAGUGACAAUUGCUGAACUGUGGAAAAAGGGGUGCCUCUGGAUGGGCCAGAGUUUGGAUUGCAAGUGACUGCAAUCGAGGGGCCAAGUGAAUUUGGUACAGAAAGGUUUGUGUGGAGAUGGAACCGGGCAGGAUUUGCCAAGUGGGAUGAGUUUGGAUGGUGUUGAUCAAGUCGAGAGAUUUAAUUCUACUCUUU